ACGCGGGGGCGCCGGGCACCUGUCUGGGUCUCCCGUUCGCGCUUGCUCGGAGGCGGCUCCCUGGAGGCGGAAGCUGCUGUCUUUGGGCGAGACGUGACUUGGGGUCCGGGAGUCCGGAUCCCGGCCCGGCGGGUGGGCACGAUGCGGCUGGGCUCCGGGACCUUCGCCUCCUGCUGCGUAGUGAUCGAGGUGCUCGGGGUCGCGCUCUUCCUCCGGGGAUUCUUCCCGGUUCCCGUUUGUUCCUUUUCCGGGACGGAGCGCCCAACAGAGUCCCCAGCGCCCGAACCCUCGGCUGGAGCCAUUUCCAACUGGACCAAGCUCCCACCACCUCUCUUCAGUAAAGUUGUUAUUAUGCUGAUAGACGCCUUGAGAGAUGAUUUUGUGUUUGGGUCAAAGGGUGUGAAAUUUAUGCCCUACACAACUUACCUUGUGGAAAAAGGAUCAUCUCACAGUUUUGUGGCUGAAGCAAAGCCACCUACAGUUACUAUGCCUCGAAUCAAGGCAUUGAUGACAGGGAGCCUCCCCGGCUUCAUCGAUGUCGUCAGGAACCUCAAUUCUCCCACGCUGCUGGAAGACAACGUGAUCACACGAGCAAAAGCAGCGGGGAAAAGAAUCAUCUUUUAUGGAGAUGAAACAUGGGUGAAGUUAUUCCCAAAGCAUUUUCUGGAAUAUGAUGGAACAACCUCUUUUUUUGUAUCAGAUUAUACAGAGGUGGAUGAUAAUGUUACAAGACAUUUGGAUAAAGUAUUAAAAAGGCGGGAUUGGGAUGUGUUAAUCCUCCACUACCUUGGGCUGGACCACAUCGGCCACGUUUCUGGGCCCAACAGCCCGCUGAUCGGGCGCAAGCUCAGUGAGAUGGACAGCGUCCUGAUGAAGAUCCACACCUCACUGCUCAGCAAGGGCAAGUCAGAGCCUGUCAGAACCAAUCUGCUGGUUCUUUGUGGUGAUCAUGGCAUGUCUGAAGCUGGAGGUCACGGGGCCUCUUCUGUGGAGGAAGUAAACACCGCUCUGAUCUUAAUCAGCGCCGCAUUUGAAAGGAAACCUGGUGACGUCAGGCAUCCAAAGUAUAUUCAACAGACUGAUUUGGCUGCAACACUAUCAAUAGGGCUUGGUCUGCCGAUUCCAAGGAGCAGCAUCGGCAGUCUUAUAUUCCCGGUUGUAGAAGGAAAACCAAUGAGGGAACAACUGAGAUUUUUACAUUUAAAUACAGUACAGCUUAGCAAGUUGUUGCAGGAGAAUGUUCCGUCGUAUAAAAAAGAGCCUGGAUUUGAGCAGUUUAAAGUGUCAGAAAGGUUGCACGGGAACUGGAUCAGACUGUACUUGGAGGAAAAUAACUCAGAAGUCCUUUUCAACCUGGGAAGCAAGGUUCGCAGGCAGUACUUGGACGCGCUGAGGACCCUGAGCCUGUCCCUGAGCAGGCAAGCAGCCCAGUAUGACGUCUACUCCAUGGCGGCGGGGACCGUCCUGGUCCUGGAGGUUGUCGCCCUGCUCCUGCUCUGCGUCCCGCAAGCGCUGAGUGGCGAGGCUGAGCUGGACGUCCCUCUGCUGUCGCCCGUGUCCUCUCUGCUCUUCUACCUGCUGCUCCUGGCUCUCGCCGCGCUCCACGUCGUCGUGUGCACCUCCUCUGACAGCUCGUGCUAUCUGUGCAGCCUCCCGUGGCUGACGGCAGGCGGAGUGAUGGUGCUGAUCUCCACACUGCUCUGUGCAGUCGUAUCUGCUCUCACCGGGAUGUUUGCCGCUGGAAAGCGUCUGAGUAAGAAUCCGCCUCCAUCCAACUCAAGGUGGUCAGAGUUAGAUCUUCUCGUCUUGUCGGGGACCGUGGGCCACGUGUUGAGUCUGGGCGCAAGCAGCUUCAUCGAAGAGGAGCACCAGACAUGGUACUUCCUCGUCAACACGCUGUGUCUAGCUCUGUGCCACGAAAUCUACAGAAACUGCUUUGUGGGAGACGACUGUGCGCCUCAGCAUUGCCCGCACGCGGGAGAGGAGUUUGACAGGGUCGCAGCGGCCCCACAGGGCAAGGGCACUGGCCCUGACGUGUGGGAGCUCGACAGAGCGUCCAAGCACCCCUCUCCCCUGGAAGCGCUCAGAGGCCCUGAAAGGUGGAUGGUGCUGGCGAGCCCAUGGGUGAUUCUGACCUGCUGCCGGCUGCUUCGGUCACUGAACCAGACGGGUGUGCAGUGGGCCCACCGGCCUGACCUGGGACACUGGCUCACCAGCUCUGAUCAUAAGGCUGAACUCUCUGUUCUGGCCACAGUUUCCCUCAUCAUGAUUUUUGUGUUGGUUCAGAAGAGGUGCUCCCUGGCAUCAAAAGUGGCCAUGGCGUUUGGCCUGCUGGGCAUCUAUUGCUACAGGGUGGCCGUUGGAAAUCUGCUGUUCCCAUGGCAACAAAACAACAAAGACAUUUCAAAGGGCAUUACCGAAGCUCGUUUUGUUUAUGUCUUUGUCCUUGGCAUUCUGUUCACGGGCACCAAAGACUUGCUUAAAUCUCAAGUCACUGCUGAUGACGUCACAGUCAAGACCGUGGGCCUCUGGGAAAUACACAGUGGAUUAGUUCUCCUGGCGGCACUGCUCCUCAGGCCUCACAAUCUUCCCGUCUUAGUGCUGAGCCUCGUCAUCCAGACCAUCAUGACUCAGUUCGUCUGGAGGCCCCUGAGGCACGACGCAGCUGAGGUCACCGUGAUGCAUUACUGGUUCGGUCAAGCAUUCUUCUAUUUUCAGGGAAACUCCAACAGCAUCGCCACUGUGGACAUCUCAGCAGGCUUUGUGGGCCUGGACGCCUACGUGGAGAUCCCGGCCAUGCUCCUGACGACGUUUGCGACAUACACGGGGCCUGUGCUGUGGGCCAGCCACCUGGUAAACUUCCUGACCUCAGAAGCCAGCAGCGGUUCGGCACUGAGUCAUGCUUGCUUCUGCUACGCACUGAUUUGUUCUAUUCCAGUUUCUGCGUAUAUCGUUUUGGUGACAUCCCUGCGUUAUCAUUUAUUUAUAUGGAGUGUGUUUUCUCCAAAACUUCUCUAUGAGGGAAUGCAUCUACUCAUCACAGCUGCUGUCUGUGUAUUCUUCACAGCCAUGGACCAAAGCAACACAAAGUCUCAUAGACUAAGCUAUUAAGACACUGGAA